CAGAUAUCGUUAACAAUGAUGAAGACUGCCAUAUUCAUUUGUUUCUCUGUGUUGUUCCUGAAAGCGAAUUCUGAAAAAUCUGAAUGUUGUAAAGUGACUGUAAAUCCAAACGAAUGUUACAAUAGAUUUCGACAAUGGUUUUUCAAUACCACUAGUGGACAAUGCGAACAAUUCGAUGAUGGAGGAUGCACUACAAGUUGUAAUAACUUCAGUACUUGGGAUAGAUGUUGUCGGGCUUGUAUAAUAGACACAGGCAAAUGUUUUCCUGGUUAUGAAGAAUAUUAAAUAGAUUUU